AUGUCGUUGGCUGAAGGCGAGACGCUCAGAGAUAAACAGAUUGGGCUAUUGGAGCGGAUGCUCCAUUUGAAUCGUGAUGGAACCCCAGAUUUGACUUUAGCCAUGGAUAAGGAGGAGAUCAUUUGGAAGGUGUUGAUUAUGGAUCUGAAAGCACAAGAGAUCAUAUCGUCUAUACUUCGAAUGAAUGAUUUGAUGAAGUGUGGGAUCACGUGGCACUCGUUGAUUAAUAUCCGUAGAGUCAACAUGCCAGAUACUCCAGCCAUAUAUUUUGUUGAGCCUACCAUUGAGAACAUAGUCAUCAUAAUAGAAGACAUCAAUCUGGACAAAUACGAUGAGUUUUAUAUUAACUUCACCACAUCUAUUGAUCGGAAUCUCCUUGAGGAGUUUGCUAAGAAGGCGUCAAUGCUGGGGAAAGCCAAUAAGAUCAAGCAAAUUUAUGAUCAAUACCUGAACUUUGUGGUUACUGAAUCCAAUUUGUUUUCUUUGGGUAUGUCUAAGUAUUUCUACAAGUUCAAUAAUCCUCGAGUGAGUGAAGAUGAAAUUGAACAGUACGUUGAAAAGAUUUCCAAUGGACUUUUAUCAGCCGUUAUAACUUCAGAUUCUAUACCAAUUAUUAGAUGUCCUCAAGGAGGAGCUGCUGAGUUGAUUGCUACCCUGUUGGAUUCGAAAUUGCGUGACUAUUUGAAUAAUUCCAGAGGACUUAGUAAUGGAGGUGCUCCUGCUGGAGGAGGAGGGGCUCUCAAUGUUAAUAAAAGACCAGUGUUGGUUCUUCUUGAUCGGAAUAUUGAUUUAACAUCAAUGUUUGCUCAUUCUUGGAUUUACCAAUGUAUGGUAAGUGAUGUGUUUACUUUGAAAAGAAACAGAAUUACCAUAAGAAAAUACUCUGAAAAAUCGUCAAAUAAUCCUACUCAACAAGAAUAUGAUUUGGAUCCAAGAGAUUUUUUUUGGAAUAAAUAUUCUGGAUUACCGUUCCCAGAUACUGUUGAAAAUGCUGAUAUUGAGUUGAAUUUAUAUAAGAAAGAAGCUCAGGAAUUAACAAACAAAACAGGAAUUUCAUCCAUGAAUGAUAUCAACAACCUAAAAAGUGAUGAUAGUGCGGACACUUACCACAUUCAACAAGCUGUGGAUUUAUUACCGGAAUUGACCAUUAGAAAGAGAACCUUGGACAUGCACAUGGAUAUUCUAGCUUCGUUAAUUGGUGAAUUACAAGCUAAAAAUUUGGAUAAGUUUUUUGAAGUUGAACAAAAUGUCGGCAGUACCAAAGUACAACAAGAAUUCUUAAAUUUGUUCAAUGAAGCCAGUGAAAGAAAUAAUGGUUCAGACAAAUUAAGAACAUUUUUGAUUUUAAUUUUGACUGUUGAUACACUUUCUGACGAUUUUAUUCAAACCAUUAGAAAGAAGUUCAGUGAAACAUAUCCUGAAUUAGAUUUAAGUUCCUUUGACUACAUUGUAAAGUUCAAGCAACUUUCCAAGUUGAACAACUAUGCCAAUUUCAAUGACUAUAGCCAAAAGAGUAACUCCGGGUCUGAUGUUAGCAAUAAUGCAAGUGCAUUAUUAGGAGGUUUAUCGUCCAAGUUAUAUGGUUUAACAGAAGGAAGAAUCACUGAGGGACUUACUUCUAUUGCAUCUAAAAUUAAAAACUUUAUACCUGAGAAGAAACAACUCCCCAUUACAAAUAUUGUUGAAUCAAUAAUGGACCCCUUAAACAACGCUUCAAAGUCUUGGAUCCAAGUUACCGAUGAAUAUUUAUUUUUUGAUCCUAAGUUAAGAGGCGGCCAUUCCAAACAACCAAAGAGACAAGCAUACGAUGAUUCUCUUGUAUUUGUUGUUGGAGGAGGGAAUUAUAUUGAGUAUCAAAACUUACAAGAAUGGGCAGCAUCAUCGACUCAAGCUGGAUCAAAGGAUUCAAAGCGGGUUAUCUACGGAAGUACGGACAUAAUUUCCCCUACACUCUUUUUAGAAGAAUGCGCAGAGUUAGGAAGAGCAUAA